CCCACCCUUCCUCAUUUGUUCUCCUUUGUGUUUUGGCUUCUGGAUCUCCAUAAAUUGAGCUCCAUCUUCUUGGCUCCUGCCCACUUUCCCCAGGGUUAAAUACAUGAAUUCAAUUGAUCAUUAAUUCUCUGACUCCAUCAUCGAUCAUUUCUUUAUCUUCUGUUUCUUAUCUUUGCUGGGUUAGUACAACUGAUAGUAGUAUAGAUGGAUGAGAUCUCUGGAACUAACACAACCUAUGAAAACUCCAUGGAGGGAGAAGCUGUAGUGAACUUCAAAGACAAUGAAGUAAUUCCUCAAAAGGUGGAUGAUCAGAAAACCAGCAAAGAUUCAAGCUCUUGUGUAUCUGUACCUUUCCUGCAGAAGUUGGUUGCAGAGGUGUUUGCAACAUAUUUUGUGAUAUUUGCAGGGUGUGGGGCGGUGGUGGUGAAUUUUAGCAGAGACAAAGUGGUGACAUUCCCUGGGAUCUGCGUAGCGUGGGGACUGGUUGUGAUGGUCAUGGUCUACUCCGUCGGCCACAUCUCAGGCGCUCACUUCAACCCCGCUGUCACCAUCGCCUUUGCGACCUGCCGGAGAUUCCCAUGGAAACAGGUGCCGGCCUAUAUAGCCGCACAGGUCCUCGGUGCGACGCUUGCAAGUGGAACCCUUCGGUUACUAUUUGACGGGGAUCAUGUCCACUUUGCCGGAACCAUGCCGACGGGGUCAAACUUCCAGUCACUAGUUAUGGAGUUCUUAAUCUCUUUCUAUCUCAUGUUUGUUAUCUCCGGCGUCGCAACUGACAACCGAGCGGUUGGAGAGCUUGCUGGACUUGCCGUGGGAGCUACCAUUUUACUUAAUGUGCUCAUUGCAGGGCCGGUAUCUGGGGCAUCGAUGAACCCGGCUAGGAGUUUGGGCCCGGCCAUUGUAACAAACCGGUACAAGGCGAUAUGGAUUUAUAUGGUCGGACCCAUUUGUGGGGCGGUGUCAGGUGCUUGGGCCUAUAAUAUUAUCCGGUUCACCAAUAAACCAUUACGUGAGAUCACUAAGAGUGGUUCUUUCCUCAAGAGCUUUAGACGAAUUACCUCUAAUUAAAAAUUAACAGAAGGGGUUACUUCCUUUGUUGCAAGUAUGUAACCUAGGCAGACACUGGAUCAGACCGGAUGAGCCGGACUAUUCCAUAUAGCUCUUUAACCGAUCAAUUUGAUAUUCUUAUGGUUCUAUAUCUUUUCA